GCGUCCUCUCUGGAUCUGGUGGUCAUGUUGCAUCAUGUAGCCUCAUGUAGCCUCAUGUAGCAUCAUGUAGCGUCAUGUAUUCUCAUGUAGCCUCAUGUAGCAUCAUGUAGCCUCAUGUAGCAUCAUGUAGCGUCCUCUGGAUCUGGUGGUCAUGUUGCAUAAAGUCUGAUCAUAACGUGCUGCUGAUCUGGUGCUUUUGUGUCGAUCAGUUCAUCCACGGUUGGCUCAUCCUGUCCUCCCUCAUGCUGCUCUUCUGGUUCAGCUUCAUGUAUCUGGGCGAAGUGUUCAAGACGUACAACCUGGCGGUGGACUACCCGACGGUCGGCGUGAUCAUCUGGAACUUCGGGGCAGUGGGGAUGAUCUGCAUCCACUGGAAGGGCCCCCUCCAGCUGCAGCAGGCCUACCUGAUCCUCAUCAGCGCCCUCAUGGCCCUCGUCUUCAUCAAGUACCUGCCCGAGUGGUCGGCCUGGGUCAUCCUGGGAGCCAUCUCCGUCUACGACCUGGUGGCCGUCCUGGCCCCUAAAGGUCCUCUCAGGAUGUUGGUGGAGACGGCUCAGGAACGCAACGAGCCCAUCUUCCCCGCCCUCAUCUACUCCUCUGCCAUGAUGUGGACGGUGGGGAUGGCGAGCCCGGCGGACGCUCAGUGCUCCAGACAGGAAACAGACGAGGAGGCGGAGCAGAGCAGCAGGGGGGCGGAGCCUGAGAACCGACAGUCCUGGUCGUUUCCAGAAGACGACCUGGAGGAAGACCGAGGAGUGAAGCUCGGUCUCGGUGACUUCAUCUUCUACAGCGUUCUGGUUGGAAAAGCUGCAGCGACGGGUGGAGACUGGAACACAACGCUAGCCUGCUUCGUCGCUAUUCUUAUCGGUCUGUGCCUGACUCUGCUGCUGUUGGCCAUCUUUAAGAAGGCUCUGCCGGCGCUGCCCAUCUCCAUCACCUUCGGCCUGGUCUUCUACUUCUCCACUGACUUCCUGGUUCAGCCCUUCAUGGACAACCUGGCUGCUCACCAGUUUUACAUCUGAGAGGAAGCCCCGCCCACCUCACCCCACGCCACCUCCUUGUCUUUAUCGUCAUCGUCGUCAUCUUAUCACUACUUCCUGCAGCCGUCUUUAAAAGUCUGUUUUGAGGGAACUCACAGGAAAUGAUGUCAUGCAGACAGAGGACAGGUGGUGGUGGUGGUGGCAGCAGGUCACCUGCUCAGGUGUGUUUCUGAUCUGUGACGGCUGCGUGUGAUAGGCCGACGCUCCCAUCAGUCAAUUUACAACCUGUAAAGAUUCUCUUGUUACUGUCUCUGUCCUGAUUGGUUCUCACAGCCUGCUGUACGUCAUGUGACCUGACACGUGAUACAAGCUGUUUACUCCAACACUAAACCAGCUGAUUGUGAUUCGUUGGUCUGGGAGCCGAUUCAUAGAAUUAACAUUUAAUCAGUAAUUUGUAAUAAUCCCGUCCUGACACCAUCAUUCUUCUUCUGGUACAAUGAAACAAACCUGCAGAAGAAAUAAUCCACAGUGGAUUCUGCAUUUUUUUAUAAAUACAACAGCAAAACUUUAAUAUUUCUUAUAAGUGGAUAAACUACUACGGAGCUAUUUAUUGCUGAGUCUUCUUUCAGUCUGAGAGCAUCAUUCAUGGAUUUCACUUCAGGUUUUGUAAAGUUCUCCCUCUGAACUCUCACAGCUCCUCAAACUCUUUUGCUCUCACAUUUCACUCUGCAGUUUUAUUUUGAAUAAAAAGACAGUUAUAUGUAAA